GUAACAGUCGCACGGCAGCAGCUCGAAGUUGGUCUUUGUGAUGAAUUUAACUAGGCUAUUUAAAAAUAUAUGUAAUACAUUUCAAUAUCCCCGUGUGGUUCUGUGUAUGCAUUCUUCUUAAUGGAUUGCAGUUCCUAAUUAGUGUCAAUACUAGACGGGGGGGUUAAUUUUUUUUGUUUUUAUUUUAAAUAUGUAAUUCUGUAGUUCCAUGCAAUUUAUAACACAAAACAACAUUAAGAAUUAAGCCCUUAGCUGGUGGGCUAUGGAUGGUGGAUUUAUCGACUGCCACUGUCACAUUUCAGCGGCUGAGUUUACGAAGGACACAGAUGAUGUGAUUAAGCGUGCCAAGGAGGCUGGAGUAAGAAUGCUAAUUUCAGUGACAGAGGAGGCCAGUGAGUUUGAAAUGGCCGUCCAGCUGUCCAAAUCUUACUCGGGUUUGCUGGCGCCAUGUGUGGGAAUUCACCCCGUUCAGUGCUCAGACUCUCGGCAACACCGCAGUGUGACGAUUCAGGACUUGGAGUGUGCUUUGCCUUUAUUUGAAAAGUACAGAGAUGACAUUGUGGCCAUUGGAGAGAUUGGCCUUGACUUCACACCGUGGUACACCCCCUAUCCACAGCAGCGUGCGGAGCAGCAGCAAGUCUUCAGGAAACAACUGGAAAUCGCCAAGGAGAUGGAUUUGCCAGUGAACGUCCACUCCCGUUCAGCCGCAAGGCAGACCAUAAGCGUCUUGAAGGAGCAGGGUAUUGGCCGCGCUCUCCUACACAACUUUGCAGGGAGGCCGUCGGUGGCCAUGGAAGGUGUGAAGGCUGGAUACUGCUUCUCCUUCCCCCCAGCCGCCUGCAGGAACGAACAGACUUUGUGGGUAAUGGGCUUUUCUCCUCUUGGUUUUAGAGGGCCACGGUUAUUAAACAGAUACCUUUGGAGCACAUCUGCCUUGAGACAGAUUCACCUGCCCUCGGACCAGACAAACACGUGGGUUGGAAUCAGGGGCGUCAGAAGCAUUUUGAAUGUGUGUGGGGGGGGGCACACUGGCAUAUAACUAAUAUUUUAUUUUAAAUGUGGGGGGUCCAAACAAAUAAUUAUGAAAUGGUUGGAAUGGCGGCGACGUCCAUGGUUGGAAUGCUGAUCAAAGUCAGAAUCAGAUGACACAAAGUGUCCUUCAUGUUCCCAAACUCACAAGAUUU